AACCUGUACGAGUGGCUGCCGCGCCAAGGCGGAGCCCGGGCUCCCACCCCGGGCCGGGUCAGGCCCGUCCAGGGCCGCGGGGCGCGGGCCGAGCCGCACCUGAGGCCUCCCGCGCCGCCGAGCCCGCGCCGGGGGAGGGGCGCGCCGUCCUCGUCAGCGGCUCGGGGCUGCGCCGCCCCCGCCACCCGCAGCCCGCUCCGAGCGCCGCGCGGGCCCCGCCAAGCGGACAAGGAAGCCAGCCGAGCCAGCUCCGAGCGCCGCAGGACAGCGCCCGGACCUGAGAAUGGAGCCCCGUGCGGCCGCGACCGCAGCCCACUGCCCGCAGCGCGCGUCGGGAGGGGCCGGGCCGAGCCGCCGUGCGGGGCUGCGGAACUGUGGGGCUGCGGCCCCUGACCCGAAGGCCGCGGAGAAGCGGCCCGGGGCCGGCGCUGCACUCACCCUCGCCUUUGUCUCACAGCCUACCCCGGCCGCAGCCGCUCACGGCCCCGGCACCACGGCUCCUGCCAGCCCCACACCCGCAGCUGUGCUCCCCGGCGCGCUCGCCGCUUCCUGGCCCCGCCCCCCGCCGGUGGGCGUAGCUACAGGCAGCGCGCGUGCGCAGAGCAGAGGCUCGAGAGGCGCGGCCCCGCCCCGCCUCCUGAGGACGACCCGCGGGUGGGCUGCGAGACCCCGCGCGCGCGGCCUGGCGGGAGAGCGGGAAGAUGGCGGCCCGCGAGACCUGGUCACCUAUUUGACAGCGUUCCACUAUCACAAAGAUCGAAUCAACCUCUCGCCAGCCCGAGGCCGAGAGCCUCCGCCCCGCGCCGGCAGCGGGAGGACUGUGUGUGCCCAGCGACACUGUGACCGCCGCCACCGACUCGAGAGACCCCUGGGUUGGGUCGCGCGCGUAAAACUUCGCAGCCCAGACGCCGGACGUAGUGCGGGCCGGGGACUCCAGCACCGCGGACCGAGCCCCGGGACUAGCGGGCGGCCUUCCAGCCCCUGGGCGGCGGCCCGGCGACCCCAGGUCCUCCGCGUCCGCUCGUCCUCACUUUGAUCUCGGCUGCCGGGAAAGCUCGACGGUUGUUCCUUCGAAUCGCAUUAGGGUCCUCUGCGUCGUUCAUGGGCUCUGGGCAGCAUACAGCGACGUCCCAAAUGGCCCGCCGGCCCGCCGGCAAAGCGAGUUUGUUGUCAAGGCAACAGGGAGAGUUCCCCCCCCCCCACGGGGAAGGUCUGCUCGCGUCCCAGCCGAUCAGAACCAACCAGCAUUCACGGUAGAAGCGGAGAUGCGUUGCUUUGCGUCGGAUUUGGAACCUUCUUCCCCAUUACCGACUUCACACUUGGUCAUCCUCGUACAAACUGCUGCUUAAUGCUGAUCGUUAGUCCGCACCACAUCACCCUGCAGCUCCACACCAACCAGCAGUCCUACUCAAGACCUUUCACACACUGCAGCGGUCUAUCAUUUAUUUAUUCCCUGUGCCCAUCUCUUAAUGUCUGGCUCCCCCCACAGAAGUUAGGAUUUUUGUGUGUUCUGUUCAACUGAGACGCCCCAAGUGCCUAGAAAUGAAAAAUGAAAAACCUUCCCUGGGAUAAUAAAAAGCAUAAAGCAAAAAAAUUAAAAAGUCAUUUUUUAAAUUUCAAAUUUUCUUUAAAAAAUUAAAUUUUCUCUAUUCCAAUACCUGCCAGCUAAUUGUAAGACCCUAACCUGCAUCAUAUAAACAUUUUAAUUUUCCAGUUACCCUAAGUUCAGUGAUAACCAUUGAUAUGACAUUUAAUGCAGUUUUUGACCAGUGGUAUUGUGAUACCUUAUUUCACUGAAUAGGAAUAAUAUGAUAGGGUAGAAAUUUAUUGAUUUGAUACUCAGGCAUAUUUCUAAAAAUUUCCUACGGCAAAAAAAGAAAAAAUUGCUGAUCUUGAUAUAUGGACUUGUAUUCCUUUCUCUGAAUUAAAAAUGUAAUCACAUUGGGUUCAAAUGGCUUACUAUUUUCUACCAUUUAGCCAUAAAUGAUAAAAUUCAUUAUGUGACCAAAUUUUUAAAUUUUUUUGUUUAUAAAAAAGCCCAUGAUACAUGAUUGAACAGCAGUGAUCUAACUUAAGUUGCUAUAGCUAUUCUACUGAUACCUUUUCAUCAGUAGAAAGUCAAGGACACAAUUCCAUUCAAUCAUACACGAGUAUAGUAUGGGUAUAGGUGCAUAAUUAAUUGCUCAGUGUUAUAUUCAUAACACAAUCUCCUUACAUAUUUAAUUUUAUCCCUAAUGAUUCAAAACAAUUUAAACCUACAGAUUUUGCCUUACAGUUGAAUUGAUAAUAAAAUUAUAUUGUUCUUUACACAAUUGCUCGACAGUAGCUUUCAUGAAUAUCAAAAUGUAGUUUUAAUUAAAAAUAUUAAUAAUUUAAAAUUUUUUCUAGGGUCAAUAAUAUGAUGGCUCUGUACUGUCUUACAGGUGUUACUAAUUAUAAUCUUGCUCCAAAAGACAAGGGUAGAAAUUAGCUAACUUCACAAUUUAUACAGAUAGUAUACAUUGAAAUGCUGAUAAGUGAAACCAACUGUUGCAGUACAAAAGAAACUUGUUUUGUACACUAAUCCAUAACAAGUGAAAGCUUUCACACCUCAGACAACAGGCAGCAACAUGCCAACGGCUAAUCAUCACUUAAGAGCUCAUGGAAAAGCAUUCAUGUAACUCACACUGGUCUGAUUCUGCAAAUUUUUUUUACUUAAAUUAUCCUUUUAAAAUCUUAAGUGGGUUUUUCUAAAAGUAUGCUAUUAAUAUAUUUUUUAAAAACUCCUUUCGAAAACUUGGAAUCAGCCAUUUUACCACAUGUAGAGACAGUAUAUGGAAUCAGCCCAGAAUUCCAGUCCAAACUCUGCUUCACAAUUAGGUAGAGGAUUCUGAGCAAAGUUUCUUUGACCUUCCUUUCUCCUAGCAGGACUGACAGUGUUCCCUACCUCAAGGGCUGUUGUGAGAAAUCAAGGAGAAAACUCAAAGUUCUUAGCCCUGGGGCUGGCACAGGCUAAGAGCUGGUGAGGAAAUGCUAGCUAUUAUCUUUACACAAGUAUAUAAUUAAGCUCAUUGCUGUAUAUUCAUAGUAAUAUGAGAAAACGCCUCAUACAGGGGCCCAAAUGGUACUGUUUGCGUUCUGCAUCAAGAACUAGUGUUCAGGGCUGGGGAUUUAGCUCAGCGGCAUAAGCGCCUGCCUUGCAAGCAGGCAGUCGUGAGUUCGAUCCCUGGUACCGAUAAAAAUGAAAAAGACAAAAAAAAAAAAAAAAGAACUAGUGUUCACACGUGUGAACCUCGUAUUGUCUCAUUAGUGUGACAAGCUGAAAGAAAAAAAUGUGUAUGUAAAUAAAAAUAGUUGAGGUAGUUGUACUACUGAUUUCUCUGAGUUCACUGAAGAGAAAGAUUUGCACUGGUCCUGUUUGGACAAUUGAAUGCAGAUGCCCUGUGCUCCGGGUGAAUAAUUCGGGGAUGACAAGGCACAGUAUGUGUACCAUUGUGGCCCCCAAUCAAUGUGUAGUGAAAUUAAAUUGUAGGGUUUUUUCUUCAUUUUUUUCUUUUUAUCCUUCAAUAAAAUGGAUUUGGAAAGAAA